AUGAUCACCUUCUGUCCAGACUGUGGCAAAAGUAUGGAAGCAGCAUUCAGAUUCUGCCCCUACUGCGGAAAAUCUUUGUCUGAGCCAUGUUUUGAGCAUGAAAGUCCCCAGACCCUUGUCAGACCGCUUACAUCAUCCUUCCGAGGCUCAAGGAGACAGAGCAAUGCCAGUCCUGAAAUCCCUUCCAAGAAAGUGAAAUGGUCCAGCUCUGUCACCUCCCCCUCAUCAUCCCGCUGCCUGGAUGGUGACAGUUCUGGGUCUGAAGGUACUGUGAGAUCCAAAGGUGAGAGUUGGGGGUCCUGGAGCAGACCCCCAACCCCCAAAAGCAUCCCACAGGCGACCAAGCGAAGCCCACAGGCGACCAAGCGAAGCCCGCAGGCGACCAAGCGAAGCCCACAGGCGACCAAGCGAAGCCCGCAGGCGACCAAGCGAAGCCCGCAGGUGACCAAGCGAAGCCCGCAGACACUGAAGCGGAGCCGGGUGACUUCCUCACUUGAGGCUCUGCCCACAGGGACAGUGGUGACAGACAAGAAUGGGCGCCACUGGAAGCUGGGACCCCUCCAGACCAGGGACGACCAGGGCAUUCUCUAUAAAGCUGAGGCUAUCUCCACCUUCGCCUGCAAGUCAAGUCAGAAACAGACAUUCUCGCUUAAACUCGAUGCCAAGGACGGGCGCUUGUUCAACGAGCAGAACUUCUUCCAGCGGGCCGCCAAGCCUUUUCAAGUGAACAAGUGGAAGAAGCUGAACGCAGUCCCCCUACUGGCCAUCCCCACCUGUGUCGGUUUUGGCAUUCACCAGGACAAGUACAGGUUCUUGGUGUUUCCCAUGCUGGGGAGGAGCCUUCAGUCGGCCCUGGAUGACAACCCAAAGCAUGUAAUGUCGGUAAAGUCUGUGUUCCAGAUGGCCUGCCGACUGCUGGAUGCCCUGGAGUUCCUCCAUGAGAAUGAGUAUGUCCAUGGAAAUGUGACAGCUGAGAACAUCUUUGUGAAUCCAGGGGACCUGAGCCAGGUGACGCUGGCAGGCUACGGCUUCACCUUCCGCUAUGCCCCUGGCGGCAAACACGUGGCCUACGUGGAAGGCAGCAGGAGCCCACAUGAGGGGGAUCUUGAGUUCAUUAGCCUUGACCUGCACAAGGGAUGUGGGCCUUCCCGCCGCAGUGACCUCCAGACCCUGGGCUACUGUUUGCUGAAGUGGCUCUGUGGGAUCCUGCCUUGGACAAACUGCCUUCCCAACAUCGAGAAUAUCAUGAAGCUGAAACAGAAGUUUCUUGACAACCCGGAGACCCUCGUGAGACAGUGCAGUCGCUGGAUCUGUCCCUCAGAGACCCUGCAGGAGUACAUGAAGGUGGUGAUGACCCUCGAGUAUGACGAGAAGCCGCCCUACACCGUGCUGAGGAACAAUCUAGAAGCACUGCUGCGGGAUCUGCGGGUGUCAGCCUACGACCCCGUGGACAUCCACGUGGUUCCAUAGAACUUUUGACUCGAGGUUUGAAAUAGAAAAAACAAAACAAGAAAUGUGACUCAAGGCCUGCUGUAGUAUCACAGAUAUGCUUCUAGAAAGAUCCCUUCAAUGUGCAUACUUGCUACUUUAAGCAACACUUUGAAUCCGUCUUGCUUAGCAUCAGGGAACCCACAGUUAAGCUCCAGAUAAUGUGAAUUCCUCCGUUCAACUGUCCCGGCCUUUCAGCUGUCAUCUCCCACCAGCCACUGGGGUUGUAGACAGAGAAGACCCUGAAACUCAUGGUCGGGGGUGAGCCACCCCCUCAGUGGGGACCCAUCCUGCUACUCUUGUCACCACUAUCCUUUGGUAAUAAAUUGUUUCACUGCA